AUGACGGUGAGGUGGGGCCAGCACCCCUCUCGCAGAGUCGGCAUCCUUGGGCCCACCCUCUGGGACAAGACCCUGCCCUACUACGCGAGGACACCUUCCAACUUGAGUACAUUGGACCUGCAGGAGUUCCUGUCCGAGUACGGGAUCCCCAUCAUCCCGUCCCCCCAGCAUAAGGCGGGCCCUACACCCACCCCCACAGCACCCUGGGGGCCGCCCGUGGACCUCAUCCGAGCGGGCCACCUCCAUACCUUUGGGCAUGGGACCCCAAACUCUACUGCCCGCACAGCCAGACCAGGAGACCUCUGGAGACGACUCUUGCGCCCCCCACCAGGUUUCCGUGCGGUUCCCGGAGGUUCCGGAAGGUUGCAGGACCCACUGCUCCAGUCUGUCCGUAACACCCCCAGCCCCAUUGACCCGGAGAGUAUCCAGGUUCCGCUGAGCUACGAGCCGGACCCUGCCGACCUGGCUCUGUCCAGCGUUCCCCGGCAGGAGAUGUUCGACCCCCGCAAACGCAAAUUCACCGACGAGGAGCUGAAGCCGCAGCCCAUGAUCAAGAAAGCCCGCAAGAUAUUUGUGCCCGAUGAGAUGAAGCAGGAUGAAAAAUACUGGACCCGGCGCAGGAAGAACAACAUGGCGGCCAAGCGCUCGCGGGACGCCCGCAGGCUGAAGGAGAACCAGAUCGCCAUCCGGGCCUCGUUCCUGGAGAAGGAAAACUCGGCCCUGCGUCUGGAGGUGGCUGACCUCCGCAAGGAGCUGAACAGAUGCAAGAACAUCCUGUCCAAGUACGACCCCUGAACCACGCAGCAUGCUGCUCCCAACCUCCCCCUCCCCCCACCCCCCACCCGCCCAAGCCUUUAACUAGGCCUCAAAACAUGCCCACCUCUAUAUGGGACACUCCCCCCCCCCCCCCCCCCCCCCCC